UCCGUGGCGAGCUGCGAGCUUGCGCCGAGGCUGUGCCCCUCCUCUUUGACAGGGCAGGGGGAACGUGCCCGCUGCAGCCGGGGGCACCACCCCCCGCCCGCUGCAGCUGCAGGGUGCUUUGCCCCGAAGGGAUUUUCUCUCCUUUGCAAGAGUGAAGCACAGGACAAAAAGGGGAGCUGGGAACUGGUUCUGCAGGGGCUGCCCCAGGAAACGGGAGCCCAGAUGACUGCGGAGCAGAAGGGAAGCCUGCGGUGCUACCGGCAGUACAUUGAGAAGACCCUGAAUCCUGCCUAUGUGCUGGGCAAUAUGAAGGAAUGGCUUUCUGACGAUGCCAGAGAGAGAAUUCAGACUGAGGAACAGAAGAAGGGUCUGACUGCUGCAGCGGCUCUCUUUGUUGACUCUAUACUGCAGCUCGAAUCAGAAGGAUGGUUUCGGGGAUUUCUAGAUGCACUGAAUGAAGCAGGUUACACCGGUCUGAGGGAAGCAAUUGAAAACUGGGAUUUCCAAAAACUUGAAAGCCUGGAGGAGCAUCGACAGCUGCUGAAACGUAUAGAAGCUACAAUGAGAGACAUUGAUGCAGAACAGAUAAUUCCUUACUUAAACACUUGUCUCAUAGACCGAGAAUGUGAAGAGAUUCAGCAGGUCAAAGAACUGAAAGGCAGAAUGGCUGGUGCAGUAAAGCUCAUUGAAUGCCUUGCUAGGUCAGACAAGGAGAACUGGCCCAAAACCUUUCAUCUGGCUCUAGAACGAGCAGGAUAUGACCCAGUUAGCAAACUUUGGAAUAUGAAAGAAGGUAACGAUAAAGAGAUGGAUGUUGAAAUGAUGGAGGACCAGAAUGGGAACAGUAGUGCCUUAGACAUAAAUGUACAGUAUUCCGAAGAAGCAGAAGUUCCCAAUUUCAGUGGAAGUCCAUGUUCUCCUUCAGAAGUGUCUCAACAAUCUACUUAUGGACCAAAGAAGGCUAGAAGUUAUCAGACUGAGCUUGCCCGACCUGCUGUCAGUGGGAAAAAUACAAUCAUAUGUGCUCCUACUGGAUCUGGGAAAACCUUUGUGGCACUUCUGAUUUGUGACAAUCAUCUUCAAAACAUGCCCAAGGAACAGAAAGGGAAGAUUGUCUUUCUAGCUACUAAAGUUCCAGUAUAUGAACAACAGAAAAAAGUCUUCACACAACACUUUGAAAGAACUAGGUACAAAGUUGCGGGGAUUUCUGGGGAAACGGCUGGGGAUGUCUCGUCAGCAAGCGUCAUUGAAGGGAAUGAUAUCAUUGUCUUGACACCUCAGAUCCUUGUGAAUGGUCUCAAAGAUGGAACCGUUCCUUCCCUUGCCAUUUUCACAUUGAUUAUAUUUGACGAGUGCCACAACACCACUGGGAAUCACCCCUAUAAUGUGUUAAUGACCAGCUACUUGAAUCUUAAAUUUGACUCCGCUGCGAAACAGCUGCCUCAGAUUGUUGGCUUAACAGCCUCGGUCGGAGUGGGCAGUGCCAAGACCCUUGAGGAGACGAUAGAAUACAUCUGUACCCUCUGCGCCUGCCUCGACAUACAAGUCAUAUCUACCAUCAGAGAGAACACACAAGAACUGGAGGAGAUUGUAUACAGGCCCCAAAAAUCUUUCAGACUAGUCGGGAAGCGCCCCAAAAACCACUUUAUGGACAUUAUCUCAGUCCUGAUGUCUGAAACUGAGGCCCUGGCAAGCAAGAUUUACCCAAUAGAUGCGUUGUCCCACAUUAAGAGUAAACGUUUCGGAACGCAGUGCUAUGAACAGUGGAUCGUUGACACUCAGAAGAAGUGCAGAAUGUUGCAACUGCCGGAUAAGGAAGAAGAGAAGAGGAUUUGUAGAGCUCUUUUUAUUUACACUGAACACUUACGGAAAUACAAUGAUGCCCUCAUCAUCAACGAAGAUGCACGGACUCAGGAUGCAUUGGCCUACUUGACUGAGUUUUUCAAUGACAUUAGAAGUGGUGGGUUUGACGAGAUAGAUCAACAGUUAACAGCGAACUUUGAAGCUAAACAACAGGAACUGAGAGAGGCCUCAGUAGAUGAACUGAAUGAGAAUCCCAAACUGGAGGAGCUCACCUUCAUCCUGAAUGAAGAAUACCGCCUGAAGCCAGAGACCCGCACCCUUCUCUUUGUUACCACAAGAGCUCUAGUGUCUGCUUUGAAGAAAUGGAUUGAUGAGAAUCCUACACUCAGCUACCUAAAACCGGAUGCAUUGAUGGGGCGUAGCAAAAGAAACCAGCAGACAGGGAUGACACUCUCAAAUCAAAAGGGUGUACUGGACUCGUUCAAAACCAAUGGCGACAGUAAGAUACUAAUAACCACAGCUGUCGCAGAUGAAGGGAUUGAUAUUGCUCAGUGCAACCUGGUUCUCCUCUAUGAAUACUCUGGCAACGUCACCAAAAUGAUCCAAGUCCGAGGUCGCGGAAGGGCAAAAGACAGCAAGUGCAUCCUUGUGACAAGCAAAAGCGAAGUGGCUGAGAACGAGAGGAACAAUAUCUAUAAGGAGGAGAUGAUGAACAAGGCCAUCAAGCAGCUGCAGGAGUGGGAUGAGGAGAAGUUCGCAAGGAAGAUAAAUGACUUGCAAAACAAGGAAAAGACACUGCGAGAUUCCAGAAAGAGAGAAAUAAAACAAAAGCCCCUGGAGGGCAAUAGACAGUUGCUCUGUGGGAAGUGCAGAGCAUAUGCCUGUAAUACAGAAGACAUCAGGGUAAUAGAGACUUCUCACCACACUGUCUUAGAUGCCCUGUUUCGGGAACGUUUUCUAACAAAGCCUCACAAAAAACCAAACCGCUAUGACCACUUUGAGAAGAAAUGCAAAAUGUACUGCCGGGAGCCCAAGUGCCAGCACGACUGGGGAAUCACAGUGAGGUACAAGGCAUUCGAUGACCUCCCUGUAAUCAAAAUUGAAAGCUUUGUGGUGAAGGAUGUUACAACUAGUAAACUCGCAGUUUUCCGGAAAUGGAGAGAGGUGGAUUUUGCAAUGAGGGAAUUUGACAUAAAUGAAAUGUCCAGCACAGAGUGAGUAACAAUUGGUUCACCACCACCCUACUGGGUGAGCUAUUUCCAGGUACACAAAUGCAUGUUCCUAACUCAGGUGUGAAAUAGAUUAUAUGCAGAAUGGGCAAAUGGCAGCACUUGCUUAAAGGGGGCUCUGCAGUCUUUCAUUGGCAAUUCUAUUAUGAAGGUUAUACCUUAUUUUGUACUCAGUUCUAAGUGGAUGAGGACUAAUAACGCUCUAGGAAUUACUGUAUUUCAUGCCCUGAUUGAUAGGACUUUUUGCCCGUUUUACCUAAACAGUCUGGUAUUGUUAAAUAACAAAGAGGGAGUAUACAUGUCACCUCCACUAGACUAGUUCGAGCACUCCCUAAUUUGUAUUCUGACUGCAUGCUUAGUUAAGUUUUCAUCGCUGCACAAUAGCUUGUGGAGUGUGUGAAGAAACACAUUUGAAUGCCUAAUCCAAUUUAUUAGGUAAAACGUGUAGAUAGUUAAGUGGCAUUCUACCAGUGACCAGUUGAAAUUGCAUGUGUUUUGCACCGAUUGGAUUUAUCUGUUUUGUUGCUGUUUGUUCAUGUUGCACUUUAUGUAGCCUGACCUCAUUAAACCUUAAAAUUCA